GGUGGCAGCCGCAGCGCGGAGCGAGCGCCGGGCUCCCCCCGCGACUCCCGGCUCCGGGCCCUCGGCCAGGCCGCGGCGGCCGCCGCUGGCCCCGGAGCCGGUGGCAGAGCGGCGGGGGCUCGCCCUGCUCCGGGCCCGGCCCGGCGGAGGGGCUGGGGGUGCCCAGCCGGAGAUGCCCCCUGCAGCGGCUGGGCCCGAGGUUCCCCCGCGGUCGGGUUGUGGGGCGCUGGUCGGGACAGAACAUGUCACUUCAGCUUGGGUUGUUUACUUGGAUUGUCUUGUUUACUUAUUUACUUUUUCUUUGCAGCGUGACAAAUUGUUAAGCCUGGCAUUGCCCAAGCUUUUAAAACUGGGUUUUUACCUUGGUGAAGGUAUAUUGGACAACUGUUGACUUGAAAGCUGCUUUUAGGAUGUCUGAAGAUGAGGAAAAAGUUAAACUCCGCCGAAUUGAACCUGCAAUUCAGAAAUUCAUUAAAGUUGCAAUUCCAACAGAUUUGGAAAGGUUAAGAAAACACCAAAUAAAUAUUGAGAAGUAUCAGAGAUGCAGGCUCUGGGACAGAUUGCACGAGGAGCACAUCAACGCAGGACGAACGGUUCAGCAGCUCCGAGCCAACAUGCGAGAGAUGGAGAAGCUCUGUUUGCGAGUCCGGCAGGAAGACAUCCCUGUUCUGCAGAGAAUGAUAAAUCCCAUUAAAGAGGAAGCUUCACUUGCCAUUAAGGACUUCCUGCAGCUGCAUUCUGAAUCUGCAGAAGAACUUAAAAGGCAACUCAGAGGACAGGAGGAUGCCUCUUUAACCAGAUCUGCAACUCUAGGACAAGAAACUUUAUAUAACACAGAAGUGAAGGAUGGCUCCCAAAGCUUGAUCCAGAUCUACUCCCGCCUUCCGGAAAUACCUCAGGAAGAAAAUGCAGCUGAGUCCUGGGAAAGUUUAGAAGGGGACUUGGUUGAGCUCAGCCAGUUGGUGACUGAGUUUUCUCUCUUAGUCUGUUCCCAGCAGGAGAAGAUUGACAGGAUUGAAGACCAUGUCAACAGUGCUGCUGCGAAUGUUGAAGAGGGAACCAAAAACUUGGGGAAGGCUGCAAAAUACAAGCUGGCAGCUCUGCCUGUGGCAGGUGCAGUCAUUGGUGGAGUGGUGGGGGGUCCUAUUGGUCUCCUUGCAGGCUUCAAAGUAGCAGGAAUUGCAGCUGCACUUGGUGGUGGGAUUUUGGGCUUCACAGGUGGAAAAUUGAUACAAAGAAAAAAACAAAAAAUGAUAGAGCAGGUCUCUUCCAGCUGUCCAGAGCUUUCUCACCAAAGUGCCAAAAAAUCCAGCUGAAGUAUAGAUUCAUUAUGGCCAGGAACAACAGUGUAGUGGCUGAGCUAAUGACAGACUCGCAGCCUUAUGCUUUAUAUACAAGGCUGAGUUGUGUGAAUUUUGAUGACAGUUCUGUUCCUUGGGAGGGCUGAAAGAGUCGUGUCUCAGAAAAGAAUUUCUCUUUUCAGACACGAUGACAUCAGUCCUUUAAAAAUAUUUUAUGGAUAACUUUUAAUUACAUAAUUCUUAGGUAAGCUAUAUUCACAGCUGUAAAUAAUGGGUGACAGGUGCUUCAUGCCAAAUUUGCACAAAGUGUCUUGCAGACAAUGCAAAGAGAUACUUGGAAAAUCCUAGUGCUUUCCCAUGAAUGCCAUGAGAAGUUGGAGCUUUUAUUGUAGUGCUCCAAAGAAAAGGAAUUAAAUGCCAUCGUUCUUUCAUGCUCAUAGUAUUUUGAAUUUACCUUAGUUUCUCUGGAUUCCCAAACUCUUCCUGUUAUUCCCCAGGAUAUGACUGACUAUGCCUGUUCAAUAAUACACAGGGAAGCAUGUGCUGUUGUAAGAAAAGGUGAGACUGCUGAGUGAGCAAAGUAGGAAAAAAUUUAUGUAUAUAUCACAUCAGCACUGGAAGCAGCUUCUCCCCUUUCCAGGCAAGGCAGUUAAUCUGUAAACUCCCCACCUUGCUCAGAGUGUAGCUGUGAAUUGAACAGUCUAAGCAGCAAUCCUGCAGCACUGCUACUGGAAGGUAAUAAUUUUCCAUAGCUGUUCAGCUCCUUGCCUUGUCCUGAGAACACUACACAGGAUAAAGAGCCAAGCUCUGGCAUUCUGAGCCUGAAGCCUCAUGUUGUGGAAGCAGCACUUAUUGCAAGAUGUUGCCUUUGCUUCUCCUGGAGCCCAGAGCGCCCUGGUGGGAGAACUGAACAGCUUCUCUGGAGGGCAGUGCUGCAGCCAGGCCCACUCCCUCCACGGGCUGUUGUCCCUCAGGGGUGGGGUGAGGCCCCAGGGCAGCAGAGAAGCAGUGAGGUCCCUUCAGCUGGCAGUGCCAGCUGCCAACCUGAUAGAGCUUACGGUGUAAACCAGCCUUGUUUGGGCAGAUGCACUCUUGCAUUACUCUUCAAGAUUUUGGGACAUGCUGUGGAGCCUGUAUGGGGUGAGAUGCUGGCAGUGCUUUUGCUUGCUUUUUAUAGUGGACACCCAUUAUCUUACCCUCCUUAAGAAGCCUUUUGCUUCUGGAGCUUUGAUUGUUAAAUGCAAAAGUGUUAAUGUGUUGUUAUUGUCAUAUAAUUGUACAAUUGUCACAUAAUUUACUGUUCUGAACAUGGUCCUACCUCCACCCUUUCAGGACACUUCUCACACUACUGCUGCUACUGUUUGGGGGAACAGAAAUUGAGGUUGGGAAGCCACUUUUUGAAGUCUUUAGAUUGGUCAGUUCAUCCUGAGCUCUGCUUGAGUUGUUUUCUUAGGUGCAUAGUGAAGUCCGUAUUGAGAUAAGGCUCCCUAGCAGGGAGCAUGGUCCAGGACAGUGUGCUAUAGAAAGAGCUCCCUUUCAAUAAGCAGUACUUUGAUAUCAUCACUGGAAAUCACUGUCUGCUAAUGACAGAUGAUGGGGUUUUGUGCCUAGAGACAUUGUAAGCAACUGUUAGUUACAGCACAAAUAACUUCUUCUAAGCAGUGCUUCCUUAUUACUUUUAAAAUACUGAAAUUGCUAUCAGCCAGAGCAUUAUGUCUAUUUUAAGUAGGUCUGAGAUUCAGGGAAACAAUGUGUGCAAGAAUAGUUUUCACAAGUAAUUGCAGACAUUGUCAAAACUGCAUGUGUUAAAGCCUUGGUGCCUGCACUGGUAAAAUCAGCUGGAGUGCAAAACACGACCUGAGCUCAUUUGCUUCUGACAGGCAAAAAGCCCUUCCCUUUCAGUGCAUCUACUUCGGAUGUAAACACAGUUAAUAAGCUUGUAACAACUUCAUAGUAAGGCUGUUCAUUCCUUUGAUAUUUAUUUUCUACAUUUAAAGGAAGAUACUAAGAAAAAAAGUGUUCCUAAUCAGAAACUGGUUGAUUCUUUGUAUGCUCUUCAAAUGCGCUCUCUGCUUUCCUGCUGUAUGCUCUGAAACCUCGUGCAUUUAAAUGACAACAGCCACAUCAGGGAUGUUGUGGACUCCAUCCUCUCCCCCCAAGCUGGAAUCUUGCCAGGACAAUCUAAAUUCAUAAGACUGAAUUUCUGCCCCAGCUUAUACAAAUUCAGCUUGGUGUGCACUCAUUUUAUGAAAUGUCUACUACAGAAACUAUUCUUCCCCCUUGCAUCCUUGUGGAAGCAAUUUGAAAUCAUUGUGUACACACUAGAUGUGGGAGACUGUUAUUUAAGCUAUGAUAUUUUAAAAUAGGUGGAUUAUUUACAUAUGCAAAGAAACAUCAGCAUGUGAGUAACCAAACUAGCAAUUAAAUUGCUAGGCAUGUUACUCAGAAGAAUUGUAAGAUAUAAAUAAUUCUUUCACAUGAAAUAAAAGUUUUUGCCUA